UCCGAAAUACUUCCUAUGUGUCAACUCAUUCAAGAAUUUCAUAGCAGUUUAAAAAAUGAUUUCCAGGAAAUUUUUGUGGAAGUUUUAAAUGCUAAUAAUUUACCUCUUGUAAAUUUUCUUCCUAGACUCGUAGCUCGGCUAAGUCAGAAGUUCCCCAAGAUUGAAUUUGGUGAACUUCAUAAAAUAGUGGAAGAUCUUACCAAGGGUUAUAAGGAAUGUUGCCAUGGUGACCUGUUGGAGUGUGCUGAUGAUAGGGUGGCUCUUUCUGAGUACGUUUGUAAGCACAAAGAUACAAUCUCCUCCAAACUCGGAAAAUGCUGUGACAAGCCUGUAAUCCAGAAGAGCCAGUGCAUUGCUGAUCUGGAGAAUGAUGACAUUCCUGCUGACCUCCCUAACUUCCUUGCUGAAUAUGUAGAAACCAAGGACGCCUGCAAAAACUACCAGGAAGCAAAUGAAGUCUACUUAGCCCACUAUCUGUAUGACAGUGGAAGAAGACACCCUGAGCUUGCUGUUACCACACUGCUGAGGCUUGCCAAGGACUACGAACACACACUUGAGAAGUGUUGUGCCACAGCUGACCCUCCUGCUUGCUAUGCCAAAGUGGCUGAUGAUCGGAAAGCCAUUAUUGAGGAGACCAACCAUUUAGUCAAGUCAAAUUGUGAUAUUUUUGAAAAACUUGGAGAAUACGGUUUUGAAAAUACAGUACUGGCCAGUUAUACCAAGAAACUACUUCCACUGUCAACCCCAACAUUGUUGGGCCUUGCACAUCAGUUUGGAAAAGUUGCCAGUAAAUGCUGUAAACUCAGUGACCAAGAAAAAGUGGCCUGUGCUGAGGGCUAUGGGGCUAUUGUAUUUGACAAUCUGUGUCGCCUUCAUGAGAAGACCCCAGUGAGUGAUAGAAUCACCAAAUGCUGCACAGACUCGUUGGUGGGCCGCACUCGCUGCUUCACUGCCGUGGGAGAUGAUGACACAUAUGUACCCAAGGCAUUUUCUGCAGACACAUUCACCUUCCAUGCUGACCUGUGCACACUUCCUGAAGAGGAGAAACAGAACAAGAAGCAAAGUGUACUGGUGGAACUCGUGAAACACAAGCCCCACAUCAGUGAUGAGCAACUCAAGGGUGUAAUUACUGAUUUCACUGCAUUUGUGGACAAGUGCUGCAAAGCUCCCAACCAGGAAGCCUGCUUCGCUGAAGACGGUCCCAAACUGGUUGCUUCAGCUCAAGCUGCCUUAAACGCCUGAUGGACAAGCUGUCACUAGCAUUUCAGGUAACUCUCUUUGGGU